ACACACAGGAAGUGAGUUUUCAUCGGUUGCUGCAGCCUCCCAGUGUCCGUGGAGAUCAGACAUUCCAGCUGUGAGGAACCAGAGUCUUUAUUACACGUCACAUGUUCUGUAUUCUCAUCUAUCACUAAGCAUGGACACAGCCGGGAGUCACAGGACUGAGAGGAUAAUAAAUAUCACCCUGGAGAUCAUCUACCUGCUGACUGGAGAGGAUUACACAGUAGUGAGGAAGACAUCCGGUGAGUGUGAGACACCCAGCAGCCAUCCCCAUGUGUCAGGAGGACUGAGCAGGACCCAGAGCCCCAUCACGGUGCCUCCACCUCACUCACUGAUACAUGAGAGGCACAAUGAACAGAAGAUCCUGGAACUCACCAACAAGAUCAUUCAGCUGCUGACUGGAGAGGAGGGGGAGUAUAUAGAGGAACACAGGGGUGUGUACAAGGACAUGAUGAUGGAGAAUCACCGGCCCCUCACAUCACUGGGUAACAGGAGACUGUCAUGCAUUGUACAGGGGAGAGCAGAUGGGCCCAGUAACAGAGAUACCCCAGAGAGAUGUCCCCGUCCUCUGUAUUCCCAAGAUUGUACAGAGGAGAAUCACAGGAUCCCACAGGAGGAUCAGGUAGAACGUCUGUCUGAUAUUAAAACAGAAGAUACAGAGGGAGAAGAAGAGACGUAUGUGACUGAUAUGAAGGCAGAAGAUAUAGAGGGAGAAGAAGAGACGUAUGUGACUGAUAUGAAGGCAGAAGAUAUAGAGGGAGAAGAAGAGAUGUAUGUGAGGGGUGAUCAGCAAUGUAAGGAGGAGGAAAUCCCUACAGAUAUCAGCACAGCAGAUGGACACACAAGCAGGAAUAUCUCAGAAGGACAUCUAAUGUUAUCCCCGGAUUGUGAAAUAAAAGAUAAUGACAGUAGACAGGAUUCUCCAGGAGCUAAUCCCAUUACCCCAAUUAUACAUACAUCUCUAUCAGCUGUUCCCUCUGAUCCUGGGAAAUGUUCUCCUGAUCACUCUGAUAUUGGAGCAUCUGUUACAGCUCUGACAGUAGAUACAGUGUUUCCCUGUUCUAUAGAUGCCAAAUGUUUUACACAGAACACAAACCUUAUUACCCAUCAACCAGCUAAGGCAGAUGAGAGGCCAUUUCCAUGUUCUGAGUGUGGGAAAUGUUUUUCAUACAAAUCAGAUAUUGUUAAACAUCAGAGAAGUCACACAGGUGAGAAGCCAUUUUCUUGCUCUGAGUGUGGGAAAUGUUUUACCCUGAAAUCAAAUCUUGUUACACAUCAGAGAAGUCACACAGGUGAGAAGCCAUUUCCAUGUUCUGAAUGUGGGAAAUGUUUUACAUACAAAUCAGCUCUUGUUAUACAUCAGAGAAGUCACACAGGUGAGAAGCCAUUUUCUUGUUCUGAGUGUGGGAAAUGUUUUACCUGGAAAUCACAACUUAUUACACAUCAGAGAAGUCACACAGGUGAGAACCCAUUUCCAUGUUCUGAGUGUGGGAAAUGUUUUACAUACAAAUCAGCUCUUGUUACACAUCAGAGAAGUCACACAGGUGAGAAGCCAUUUUCUUGUUCUGAGUGUGGGAGUUGUUUUACCUGGAGAUCACAACUUAUUACACAUCAGAGAAGUCAUACAGGUGAGAAUCCAUUUCCAUGUUCUGAGUGUGGGAAAUGUUUUGCAUUCAAAUCACAUCUUGUUACACAUCAUAGAAGUCACACAGGUGAGAAUCCAUUUUCUUGCUCUGAGUGCGGGAAAUGUUUUACCUUGAAAUCAAAUCUUGUUACACAUCAGAGACGUCACACAGGUGAGAAGCCAUUUUCUUGCUCUGAGUGUGGGAAAUGUUUUGCAAACAAAUCAGAUCUUGUUAGACAUCAGAGAAGUCACACAGAUGAGAGGCCAUUUCCAUGUUCUGAGUGUGGGAAAUGUUUUACACGUAAAUUACAUCUUGUUACACAUCAGAGAACUCACACAGGUGAGAAGCCAUUUUCUUGCUCUGAGUGCGGGAAAUGUUUUACCUGGAAAUCACAGCUUGUUACACAUCAGAGAACUCACACAGGUGAGAAGCCAUUUUCUUGCUCUGAGUGCGGGAAAUGUUUUACCUGGAAAUUACAACUUGUUACACAUCAGAGAAGUCACACAGGUGAGAAUCCAUUUACAUGUUCUGAGUGUGGGAAAUGUUUUGCACACAAAUCAAAUCUUGUUACACAUCAGAGAAGUCACACAGGUGAUAAUCCAUUUACAUGUUCUGAGUGUGAGAAAUGUUUUGCACACAAAUCAAGUCUUGUUAAACAUCAGCGAAUUCACACAGGUGAGAAGCCAUUUUCUUGCUCUGAGUGUGGGAAAUGUUUUGUACAGAAAUCAAAUCUUGUUACACAUCAGAGAAGUCACACAGGUGAGAAUCCAUUUACAUGUUCUGAGUGUGGGAAAUGUUUUGCACACAAAUCAGAUCUUGUUAAACAUCAGCGAAUUCACACAGGUGAGAAGCCAUUUUCUUGCUCUGAGUGUGGGAAAUGUUUUUCACAGAAAACACAAAUUGUUAGACAUCAGAGAAGUCACACAGGUGAGAAGCCAUUUUCUUGCUCUGAGUGUGGGAAAUGUUUUUCACAGAAAUCAAAACUUGUUAAACAUCAGCGAAGUCACACAGGUGAGAGGCCAUUUCCAUGUUCUGAGAAAUAAGCUCAGGUGAGGAACCAUUUUAUUCUUCUGGAGUAAACUUAUCAUUGCUAUGUAACGUUCUUCAAGGUUCUUAUCCUAUCUCCCAUGCUUUUUGCAAUAUAUAUGCUACCGCAGGGUGAAACAA